AUGGGCAAGCAGUGGACAUCGUUGGUGAGUCCCGUUGGGCGAAACAAUCACGAAUGCGGUUAUUGCCACUCGAACGACGACACUUCGUAUACCUAUGGCUUGUGGACACAUUCGCUUGCUUGUGCUGAUUAUCAAGCAUUUAUUGAUCGUGGAUGGCGAAGAUCCGGCAAGUACCUCUACAAGCCUGAUUUGAACAAGAGUUGCUGUCCGCAAUACACCAUCAGGUUGGAUGCAUCCAAGUUCAAGGUGUCCAAAUCGCAACGCAAGGUGUUGUCCAAGUUUAAUCGUUACAUUGAAGGAACAUGGGAACCACAUGCCGAAGAUCAUCCAAUGAAGGAAAAGAAGCCAUCUCAUCCCUCCAAAGUGAACCCUGAUAGCAACAAAUCGUUAUCCGAGAAUAUCCACAUCGUCGAAGACAAGGAUGGUUUCAAGCAUAAGCUCCAGAUCGUGCUUGAGCAUUCUUCAUAUACGGAUGAGAAGUUCGAGCUCUUCCGAGCCUAUCAAGUCCAUGUUCACAAGGACGAGUAUUCUGAAGUAUCAUCAAAGUCUUUCAAACGGUUCCUGGUGGAUACACCUCUCAAGCCUGAAUCAGCAUCAGGGAUCGAUCGCAGUGUAGCAGGCGCCUAUGGCUCUUUUCAUCAAAAGUAUAUCCUUGAUGGCAGAUUGAUUGCGAUGGCAGUACUCGACAUCCUUCCCAAAUGUGUCUCCUCGGUCUAUUUUAUGUAUCAUCCCGAUUAUGGAUUUCUCGGCUUGGGCAAGUAUAGCGCAUUACGAGAGAUUGGCCUUGCUCAAGAACUAAGCCAAGCAUCAAGCGACUUACAUUGGUAUUAUAUGGGCUACUAUAUCCAUUCAUGUCCCAAGAUGAACUACAAAGGCAGCUAUCAGCCGUCCGAUCUAUUGGAUCCCGAGACCUACAAAUGGUACCCAAUUGAUGACUGCAAGAAAUGGCUCGACAAGAACAAGUUUGUUUGCUUUUCUAAACCUGAAGGUGGAGGAUAUCAAUAUGACGAUGAUCGGAUACCAGGUACACUUGACAUCAGCCAGGUGACGCCCAUGGAUGCGACCAAGGUGCGCGUCAAGAUCAGCGAUGAUGAGGCGGUUCCCGUUACUGCAUUGGUGGGAUGGUACAGCUCAGAAGACUUUCAAGCCCUCAUUCUCGAGUACAUUGCCGUUGUAGGCAAAGAGCUGAUUCCACGAUUGGUGGUCACUUGA